CCGGUUGGCAGGCGUAGUUGGUUUCUGUCAAGGGUGAGAUGGGUGUUCGAGGGCUAUUUUCGCUCGUGAAUUGUUCAACUUCGCCUGAUUUCGCUGACUUUUCAUCUUGCAAGAGACAUAAAAAGCCGAAACGUAUUGUUUGAUACAUCUACAAAUCGGUGUACUUGUGGAAGCUUCGAGAAAAGAUAGUGUUUGGUUUGGUGACACUUUGACAGUGUCAUCUGGCGGUUUCUGGUGCAGUUGCACGUUAUUCAGCACACGUGAAUUUCGAGGUUGAGGUCGUUUUGUGCUAAUUUCGGCCGUAUUUUCGCCAAUAUGGAAUCGUGGGACGACGAUAACUUCGAACCUCCAUCUGUUACACCUGUGGUUGCGUCCAACAAAUGGGAAGGCGAGGACGAAGACGACAACGUCAAGGAAAGCUGGGAGGAUGAGGAGGAGGAGAAGGUGGAAGCGGCGCCUGCCGAGGAGGCCAAACCCAAGCCCAAGAAGCAGUCAAUCGCUGACAAAAUCGCAGAGAAAGAAAGAAAGAGGAAGGAAGAAAUGGAGCGGAGGCUGAGGGAGCAACAGGAGGAGGAAAUCUCCCCGGAGGAGAAGCUCAGGAUGCAGAAGGAAUCGGACUUGAAAAUAGCGCUAGAAACGACGUUUGGGGGCGACACCAAUAGCACAAACAUUUCAGGUUUAGACGGACUCACGCUGCCAACUACUAAAGAAGAGUUUCAGGACUUUACAGACGCUCUCUCUAAGAAGCUCCAACCUCUAGCUAAAAGCACAGAGUAUCCGGUGUUCACCGAAAACUUACUACGAAAUCUGUGUGCCACUUUGUCCUCAUUAGAUAUUAAGAAAAUUAAAAAUACGUUAGAUAAUUUAUACCUAGAGAAACAAAAAAUCGAGAAAGGCGAGAAAUCGAAGAAAAACAAAGGCAAAGGCAAGGCUAAAUUACGACUGGAUGAUGGAAAUCCUUUGUCAGCGUAUGUUAACGACUAUGACGAUUACGACGACUUUAUGUAGCAGAUUGCAGCGGUUUAGAUAGGGUUUUAAUUUUUAAAUAAAUAUCUUCGAUAAAUAUAAAUAUUGUUAAAUUAUACGGUAUUUUUAAAAAGGUGUAGUGUAAUGAUCAUGCAAUAUGGUUAAUAAUUUUUACUUUUUUUUCACCGUUUUGUGUUUUUCUAUACUAAUGUAACGAGUCAUUAUUAAUUAAUGAGUUGCUGGUUUUUGUUGCUACUGAUAUAGAAGUUGUAUUUUAAGGCGAUUA